GCUCGCGCCGGGACCGUUAUCUCGGCGCUGGUCCAGCCUCUGCGCAUCCUUCUGCAUCCUCUGCAUCCUUUGGUACCCGGAGGGAUGUCGGGCCGCGGCAAGCAGGGCGGCAAGGCGCGCGCCAAGGCCAAGUCGCGCUCGUCCCGCGCCGGGCUGCAGUUCCCCGUGGGCCGCGUGCACCGGCUGCUCCGCAAGGGCAACUACUCGGAGCGCGUCGGCGCCGGCGCCCCGGUCUACCUGGCGGCCGUGCUCGAGUACCUGACGGCCGAGAUCCUGGAGCUGGCGGGCAACGCGGCGCGCGACAACAAGAAGACGCGCAUCAUCCCGCGCCACCUGCAGCUGGCCAUCCGCAACGACGAGGAGCUCAACAAGCUGCUGGGCCGCGUCACCAUCGCGCAGGGCGGCGUGCUGCCCAACAUCCAGGCCGUGCUGCUGCCCAAGAAGACCGAGAGCCACCACAAGGCCAAGGGCAAGUGAGGCCGCGGGUCCAGGCGAGCCCCGUCCAGCCCCGGACACACACACACACCCCAAAGGCUCUUUUCAGAGCCACCCAGCGCUUCGGGAAAAGAGCC